AAUAAAUUGACCGAAGAGAAACGGCGCUAGGGUUUUCGUCAGCUCGCCUCCCUACAAUACAUAUAAACCCGAGAAACCCUAACAAAGCUUCGUGCGGCCGAGCAAGCGAUACGACAGAGAGAUAGGCUUAGCUUCAUUUCGUCGGCGAGGCUGUAAGAAAUGGUUAAGCACAACAAUGUUAUCCCUAAUGGUCACUUUAAGAAACAAUGGCAGAAUUCUGUAAAGACCUGGUUUAAUCAACCAGCUCGGAAACACAGAAGAAGAAUUGCUCGCCAGAAGAAGGCUGUCAAAAUUUUCCCCCGUCCAACUUCUGGACCUCUUCGUCCUAUUGUACAUGGGCAGACAUUGAAGUAUAACAUGAAAGUAAGGGCUGGGAGGGGCUUUUCUCUUGAAGAAUUGAAGGCUGCUAACAUCCCCAAGAAACUUGCCCCAACUAUUGGGAUAGCAAUUGAUCAUCGCAGGAGGAAUCGCUCCCUGGAGAGUCUUCAGGCGAAUGUGCAGAGGCUGAAGACAUACAAGGCAAAGUUGGUUGUCUUCCCAAGGCGUGCUCGCAGCAAAUCUAAGGCUGGUGAUUCUGCACCUGAGGAGCUUGCAACUGCAACCCAGGUCCAAGGCCCAUACUUGCCCAUAGUACGUGAGAGGCCAUCUGUUGAGCUGGUGAAGAUUACUGAAGAGAUGAAAUCAUUCAGGGCAUAUGACAAACUUCGCAUUGAACGGACCAACACGCGCCAUGUUGGUGUUAGGAUGAAGAGAGCUGCAGAAGCUGAAAAGGAAGAGAAGAAAUAGUUUUGGUUCAAUGCCAUCAAGAAGCAGCCUUUGGAACUUCUAAUGUUGAAAGGCGUUUUGCAUUUUUGGUUUUACACAUUUAUCUGGACUCUUGAAACUUUUUAUUUUAGGUUGUUUAAGGUCCGUUGAAUUGAUGAAUUUUCAGGGCUUGGUUAUGUUGACCUCUAUUUGGUAA